GUGUGAAUGAAUGAAUUGUAUUCUUCGUCCAGCCCAGAGUCACAAAUCGUGCUGACUGUCUGGGAGAAAAACAAAGCUUUUUACCCAAGAUGCAGCCAGAGAAGGACGCUUCUUCAAAAGCCAAAACCAUUUAUCAGAUUCUAUUGCUAUGCUUCGGUUUCAACAAUUCAGGUGACGUGUUGGCAGUGAACAUGACUAUCCCCAACACUUUGAUUCGAGGAGUAGUCGGAGGGGAGGCCCUUCUGUCCGUCCGAUACAGCAGUCUCAGCCUGGAUGUGCCRGUCAUCAAGUGGCAGCUCAAGAGGGAAAAGUCUGUCACCGUCGUCCAGACGAUCGGAACAGUCAUCAUUGGGACGUUGAGGUCAGAGUAUCAAGAUCGCAUCCUGAUCUUUGAGAACGGGACUCUGCUUCUGCACAACCUCAGGCCCUCUGAUGAUGGAACUUAUGACGUGGAGAUCUCAAUCACAGAUGAUGUCUUCACAGGAGAGGGCAGCAUCACACUCACUGUGGAUG